AUGGAUACUAUUGAACAAGAUCACGCCACUGUAGAGCAGUAUCCUGUACGAGAUUUUGAUUGGCCGGAAUGGCUUAACAAUGCCAGUUGUGUUCUUGUCGUCUACGUCGAGCCCCUUCUCUGUUCCAUUGGGUUCCUGCUGAACUGUGCGUGCAUAGCAGUUUUUCUAAGCGUUUCGAGUCACGGGUAUUUUCGUAAGACGAGCCUUCUGUUCUACCUCGUCGCACUUUCGAUUUGCAAUGCUCUUCAAUUACUUCUGUCAAUCUUUGUCAUCGUUUUGCCAGCAAUGGAACAGUUUAUUGGAACGGAGUUUCCUCGAGAAGCCGCUAAUUUGCAUCGAUUGAAUGCAAUCACUGUAAGGCUCGGAUACCCGUUGAUGUUAGCAGCAAACUACGCAGCGAUAUGGCUACUGACUCUAAUUUGCGCUCAAAGGUUCCAGGCAAUUUGUCAUCCUUCAAAUCCGUGGAAAUUGCGCCUUACUUGUAUAAGAAGGAGUAAAGGAGCAGUUGCUGUAGUAGUAGGAGCUGCUUUAGGUCUUAAUGUGAUUCGUUUCUGGGAAAUGGAAUGGCAUGCGGAUCAUGGUGGAAUAGUGAGCUCAGGGUUAAGGGAUGACCUCUUGUAUAAAGUGAUACAAGAAGGGAUUGUUUAUGGACUAAUUGUUUAUGGACUACCCAUUUGCCUUCUGCUGUGGUUAAAUCUUAAUAUAAUUCGUUUGAUACGCGGCGAGCAGCUGCAUGUCCAAGCGUCGCGUCGAUCAGCAGAGUACCGCACUGCGCUGAUGACGGUGUGCGUGUUCGUCUUUUUCUUCCUUUGUACAACCCUUUCAGCGUCAAUAAGACUUUUUAUGAUAAUUGCCGGUGGGCUAGUGGAUCCGUUAGAGCUCGUUUGGUUAGUUGACUUAUCGAACCUCCUUAUGAAUAUCAACGCUUUGGUUACCCCAAUAAUUUGUUUCAUAUUUACGAGAGGAUUCAAGGAUCUCUUCUUUGUUAUAAGAUUUGCUCCACCGAAAGGUUCAUUUGACGAAAAGGAUUUCAAUCGGCAAUUCUCUCCUAUGCUUGCAUCAGAGUAUCGCAGUUUUUAG